UCCCAGGCCCGGCGCCCGGGCCGCCGGCGAUGGUGACACAUGCGGCGGCGGCGCGCCGGCGGCAGGACCAUGGUUGAGCGCGCCAGCAAGUUCGUGCUGGUGGUGGCGGGCUCGGCGUGCUUCAUGCUCAUCCUAUACCAGUACGCGGGCCCGGGGCUGAGCCUGGGUGCGCCCGGUGGCCGCGCGCCACCCGACGACCUGGAUCUCUUCCCCACGCCGGACCCACAUUACGAGAAAAAGUACUACUUCCCGGUGCGCGAGCUGGAGCGCUCUCUGCGCUUCGACAUGAAGGGCGACGACGUGAUCGUCUUCCUGCACAUCCAGAAGACCGGCGGCACCACCUUCGGCCGCCACCUUGUGCAGAACGUGCGCCUCGAGGUGCCCUGCGACUGUCGGCCGGGCCAGAAGAAGUGCACCUGCUAUCGGCCCAAUCGCCGCGAGACGUGGCUCUUCUCUCGCUUCUCCACUGGCUGGAGCUGCGGGCUCCACGCUGACUGGACCGAACUCACCAACUGUGUGCCCGGUGUUCUAGACCGCCGCGACCCAGCAGGUCUUCGUUCGCCCAGAAAGUUCUACUACAUCACCCUGCUGCGAGACCCAGUAUCCCGCUACCUAAGUGAGUGGCGACAUGUCCAGCGUGGAGCCACGUGGAAGACCUCUUUGCACAUGUGUGACGGGCGUACGCCGACCCCAGAGGAGCUGCCGCCCUGCUACGAGGGCACAGACUGGUCAGGCUGCACGCUGCAGGAGUUCAUGGAUUGCCCCUACAACCUGGCCAACAACCGGCAGGUCCGCAUGCUGGCCGACCUCAGCCUGGUGGGCUGCUACAACCUGUCCUUCAUCCCCGAGAGCAAGCGAGCCCAGCUCCUGCUGGAGAGCGCCAAGAAGAACCUUCGCGGCAUGGCCUUUUUCGGCCUCACUGAGUUCCAGCGCAAGACGCAGUACCUGUUUGAGCGGACGUUCAACCUAAAGUUCAUCCGACCCUUCAUGCAGUACAACAGCACGCGGGCGGGUGGUGUGGAGGUGGAUGAGGACACUAUUCGGCACAUCGAGGAGCUCAACGACCUGGACAUGCAGCUCUAUGACUAUGCCAAGGACCUCUUCCAACAGCGUUACCAGUACAAGAGACAGCUGGAGCGCAGGGAGCAGCGCAUGCGCAAUCGCGAGGAGCGCCUCCUACACCGCUCCAAGGAAGCACUGCCGCGGGAGGACACCGAAGAGCCGGGCCGCGUGCCCACUGAGGAUUACAUGAGCCAUAUCAUCGAGAAGUGGUAGUGGUGGCAGGGGCAGAGAGUCAUGGGCAAGAUUUAAUGGGGAAAGAAGUGGGGCCAACAGUUGGUCCUGUUUGGCAUAGAGGGAAGCCUGCUAGUAGGAUGCCUGAGCCCCCUGAUUGAUGGGCGGGGUAGGACCUCUGGGGCAGAUGGCCUCCCUGCUCUCCGGGCCCCAGUGUCACAGUUAAAAGUGAUGAAGAUUUGAAAAGGACCGACGAGGGGACAUGUCUACGCAGCUGAGAGUCCCACACCUAUGCACGCACUGGCCCCCAAAGACCAGCCCUCUAGGAACAUGUGACUAGCUCCUAAUAACUCAGUUGAAGCUCCUUGGCCUCUGGGGACCCUUCUCCUUGAGAACACAAGUAUAUCUCUGAGGCGUCCUCAGACCUGGAGUGCCCCCCGCCCGCCCCCUCGCCCAUCAAAGCUGCUUUCCAGGUCAGGGUCAGCCCCAAUUAUGGCAGAGAAGACUCAAGUCUGGCACCUGGCCACUGCACUCUCUGGGCCAUGAUCGGAAUGUACAAUGCAUCCUGGCUUUGAGGGAACCAGGCUCAGGCAGGGAAAGGGAUUGACCCUAUGCUUUCUGAUCCACUGUCCCCAGCCCCAACACUGGGACAUUUAUACAAGGGCUCGUGUGCCAGUGGUCCCA